GGCUGCUACUCGGAAAUAAAGGACGCUCCUGCAAGUUCAGCUGCGUCUCCGGAAACUUACUGAUCCCAACAACUCCCUCGCACUGUCAGUUGUGUCACCAUGGUUACGCUGUCUAAAGAGUAUGGGUACGUGGUGCUGACCGGCGCGGCCAGCAUGUUCAUGGUGGGACACCUGGCCAUGAAAGUGGUGAAGGCCAGGAAGAAGUACAAGGUGGAGUACCCUCAGAUGUACAGUGACGACCCAGAGAAUGGACAGAUCUUCAACUGCAUCCAGCGCGCUCACCAGAACACCCUGGAGAUGUAUCCCGGCUUCCUCUUCUGCCUGGUCGUCGGCGGCUUCCACUCACCUCGUCUGAUCAGUGGGCUGGGUAUGGUGUGGAUCAUCGGCAGAGAGGUGUACGCACACGGAUACUCCACCGGAGAUCCCAAAAAACGAAUGAGGGGAUUGUUUGGCAACUUGGCCAUCUUUGGGAUGAUGCUGACCACCAUGAACUUUGGCCGCCACCUGCUGGGCUGGACCGGGCCGAGGAUGGGCUCCUUCCGUCCCAUCCAGAGGAGUUUGUAGGACCAAGACAUCAGCACUGAAUUUACUCUUUAAAACAAUGGCAACUACAGAAUAAUGUAAACUACGUUUGUACCUUAAUGUCUGGCCAGCGGAAGGAGUUUAUGUUGUCAGGUGGUCCGACUGGUUUCCCAUAUAAAGGAACGGCUGAACUUGGAGUACUGGUUGUGGCACUUUCACUCACCGGCCUUCCCAAAGCAGCUAUGAGUUUGACCUUUUUUUUUUAAAGAAUAGGAACCACGCCGUGAUCAUUUGGCAACAUGAUUUUCAAAUCUUAUUUGCUGCUGUAGAGAAAAUUGUAAAAUCAAAAGAUUGAAUGUAGUUCAUUUGGUCUUGGCUUAUGUGGCAGGGUGGAGAGGUUGAUGGGACACGCGCACCUGUGUCCCAUCAACCUGAGUGGCUGCCGCGCCUCCACCCUGCCUGCCUUAUAAGGCAGAGCUGGACAGCAGAAGGGGGUUGUCGGAGGAGCUGUCUAAUGCUGUGCUUCUGCACGUGUGAUUUGGGUGAAUAAAAAGGGUCUGCACGAAACUCUGUGUCUCUCCAUCCUUCGGUCGGCCCCGGUAGCACUCGCCCUGCUACAGCUUAUAAUUAACUCUGCUGUUUCUUUAUCUCAGACGAGGGUUUUAGGUAAUUGAUUACCUGGUGUGUUUCGGUCUGAAGGUGGAAUCAUGUCGGUUAAACGGUAACCUAAAACCCUUGUCUGAGAUAAAACAAACAGCGGAGUUUAUAAACUCAAAUGUUGCUUUCUGUUCAUUGCCUCGGCGUUUACUAAACUGACAAAUAUACAUUUUGUAAACUCCCAAAUAAAGGAAGUAUAUUAUCAAAUGAA